AUGUCAUUGAGUCCUCCGAGAGAGAGAUACAACGGGCAUGCCCAAAGGCGAGCGAGGCUAACGUUCCAGAUGUACUGGUGCUUCCAGUGCAGGCGCAUGGUCCGCAUCGCAGUGGAUAAUAACCCCUCAGAGGUCACGUGUCCCCGCUGCUUCGGCCAAUUCAUAUGCGAAGUAAACGUGCCGCGCCCAAGACUCGUGGUUGAUUUUACCACCCCAGACCCCUCCCCAGAAGCCCGUUUGCUCGAAGCGCUUUCAAUCAUGAUGGACCCACCCAUCCGCCGCUUCCCGGAUCUCAUCCAACCCGAACCCCAAGAGGUCCCCGUGCACCACCGCCGCAGCCGCCCUCGACGACGCCAACCCGAACCCGUCCCUGAACCCCACCACCACCGCCCUCGCACUUGGAUCGUCUUCCAUCCUAUGGACCCACCCAACCCUUUCCAGCCCAUUAACAACAUUCAUAACCACCCCGGCCCAGGCCCAUUCCCACUCCCGCGCACCGUGGACGCGCGCGACUAUUUCUUCGGGCCCGGAUUCAACCAACUUAUAGAACAGAUAACUGAAAACGACAGACCGGGUCCCGCUCCAGCGCCGGAGAGGGCUAUCGAAGCGAUUCCGACGGUGAAAAUCGCGAGCGCGCAUCUGAAAGAGAAUUCUCAGUGUCCGGUUUGUCAGGAGGAUUUCGAAGUUGGCGGAGAAGCGAGGGAACUUGCGUGCAAACAUAUAUAUCACUCUGAUUGCAUUAUUCCGUGGCUGAGGCUUCACAAUUCUUGUCCUGUGUGCCGUCACGAGAUGCCUGUGCCGUCGUCGUCUUCGGAGGACGACGAAUGCGUUGAUGUUAGCGGAGAUGAAGGUAGGUUGCGGAGGUGCUUGAGGUGGACCCGUCGUUUUACUUCGCUUUGGCCUUUCAAUUCAAGGUAUCGACGGGUUCACCCUCAAGGAAAUAAUAAUGUUGCUGCUGCUUCUUCCAGGGGUGAAUCAUGCUUAAUUUAA